ACCAAAUUUAACCAACGGCGCCUACGUAUAUAAUGUCUGGUCCCAUUCUCAGCUCUCUCAUCCUCUAGUGAGUAAUUAAGAACUCCAUGGCCGGCCUGCAGCCCCCUGCCCGAUCAUGGUUCCGCCUUGCCUCUAUAGCCCGAAUGGAGGCCGCUGAAGCCGCAGCGGCCGCGUCCACUGCCAGAUCAACGACAACUCCUACAACCCCACCCCUCCCAAGAACUCCUCCCAUUCCCCGGCCGCAGCAACAGCCAACUUCGACACCGCCACCGCCACCACCGCCACCGCCUCCACCGCCGCCACCACCACCUGCGCCGAAGGCAGAACCCCAACCCGAGCUUCCAUUCACACCAACUCCACAACCAGAAAUCAAAGCUCAGAUAGCAACCGAAGCAGCAUCACCGACACCUCCAUCUCUCUAUGAGCCUGAGCAGCCUCCCACGCCUCCACGCGUCGCAACGCCACCAGAAUCUCCAAAGGUAAUCAAACCUUCCUUUUCCUCCCCGCCCCCUUCGCCAACGGUCAAGCAAACCAAUAACACACACAACCCAGAGCCCGAACCUGAAACCAAGCCUCCGCCUCCUCCCCUGUAUCAGACAUUCUCUGCUUUGCCGGAGGAGAAAACGAUUACCAACAGCAACGGAAGCAGGGCGAGCAAUGUAUCCUACAGCAAGCCGCAGGGUCCCCCAACAAAGGAAGAUAAAAAGCUGAGGGUCAUCACCAUGGCUGGAGAGAACACCGGCGCUGUUAUGGAUAUUGGUUCUGCUGCUCCGCACCGCCUUGGCCACCUCUUCCAUAAAUCAGAUGGAAGCGGACAUGGCCGGAAGAUGGAGCAGGAACACGAGGAAAGUAAGAAGGGUGGCAGGGGAGCGGCCAAGACGAAACACAUGGAGGCGGUGGUGAAUAGUAACGUGCAAGGUAUUAACAAUUCUAUUGUCUUAAACUCAACAACCACCCAACACAGCCCCGGCGUUCACAUCACCUUUGCAAGUAACCGGAAGCCCAAAGGAAGCGGAAGCUCCGAAGGGCACAAGGCAAAUCAUUCUGAUCAACUCCAUUAACUAUUUACUCGUCCUAAUAAGUUCAAGUGAAUAAAUUAUUAGAUGGGGAGAAGCUAUUCAUCGAGGAUUUAUCGUCUCUUAUCAACUUUUUUUUUUCAUUUACAUCUUUCUGUUUCCACGAGCUGAUUGAGUGGAAUUAUUGUUCUCUGAUUGAUAUGAAAUUGUGAUCAAUACGUUUUAU